UCAGCUGAGCCGGAUGCUUUCACGUGACCCACACAACCAGUUUCAGUCGUACUGCUGUGGAGUAUUUAUACCAAGACGGAAAACUUGCAUAUAAGCUGACUACAUGGCUUAUGAAUAAAAAAAGGUUAUUGUCGACUUUCCUUUUCGUAGCAAUAUUGUUCACCUCCAGUUUUUCUACAAAGGUUUAGCAGCAGUGGACCGUCCUCUUUUCUGCUGUGGUUGACUUCAUCUAGGGAGGGACUAAACGCCAUUCAAGAUGACUCCGGAGGGGAAGAUGCUGUUGAACAUCGUAAUCCUGGGUUUUGGAUUCAUGUUUAUGUUUACUGCUUUCCAGACAUGUGGCAAUAUAGAGCAAACUGUUAUCAAGAGUUUUAACAGCACAGAGUUCCAUGGGAGCGGUUACACAAGCAUGGCCAUCAUAUAUGGAGUCUUCUCUGCCUCCAACCUGAUCGCUCCCUCCGUGGUGGCUGUCGUAGGAGCCCAACUCUCCAUGUUCUUCAGUGGCCUCAUCUACAGUGGGUAUGUAGCCAUGUUCAUCCACCCGUACACUUGGAGCUUCUACACAGCCUCGGUGGUCGUCGGGGUAGCUGCUGCAAUCUUGUGGACAGCUCAGGGCAGCUUACUGUCCAUCAACUCCACAGAUGCCACCAUAGGCAGGAACAGUGGCAUAUUCUGGGCCUUGCUGCAGUUCAGCUUGUUCUUUGGGAACUUGUAUAUUUACUUUGCCUGGCAUGGCCACCCUCACAUAUCAGACAAGGACCGCACCACAGUCUUUAUUUCCCUCACGGUCAUCAGCUUGGUGGGCAGCUUCCUGUUCUUCCUCAUCCAGAAGGUGGAGCCGGAGGUCCCAGCCAAUGAGGAGUCACAGUCCUUGGUGCAGGCGGAGUCUACUGAGACUGCUGUGGUCGUCCCACCUAAAGGUCUGGGCUCCCAGGCAGCGGAUGCUUUCUUCAAAGCCCUGAAGUUGUCGGUCACCAAGGAGAUGCUGCUUCUGAGUGUGUCUAUAGCCUACACAGGGCUGGAGCUGACGUUUUACAGCGGCGUGUACGGGACGUGUAUCGGCGCCAUGACGACGUUCGGGGACGAUGCCAAGAGUCUGAUUGGCCUGUCGGGCAUCUUCAUUGGCAUCGGAGAGAUCUUAGGUGGGUCUGCUCUGCUCUUCUGCCUCUUAUUUAACUUCCUUCUCUGAGUGGCGUGUCAGGUGAUUCUGUCACAUGAUCAACCAGGAAGUAAAACCCUGAAAGUAGAACUACGCCAGCUGACCCAGUGUUACU